AUGGACACCUUUGGUCAUUGGUCUUCAACACGUGUUCUGCUUCUGGAAUUUUCCACCGUCCCUCCGUUAAACUGCCUUUUCAAACAGAGGGGAACAAAUUGGUCUUCACUCCGUUGUCUGAUAUUCCCUACUUCUCUCUCACCCUGCUUCUUCCGGCCAGACCCACCGACUCCGCCAUCGCUUCAUGUCUCACUUCCGAUUUCUCCGGUUGUUCUGAUCAAUGAUCAAUCUCCGAUUUCCGGCGAGUACCGUGUUUCGAUCAAACGGCGUCUACUUCAUUGGUCACCACCGCUACAACACCGUUUUACUUACAGACCGGUGAUGAUCAUACAUCAUACAUAA